CACCGUCGGAAACAUGGCGUUACGGGAGCUAUCAUCGCUGGAGAAAUAUCUGGGUCUAAAAAAGCCGAACAAAUACAGUACACAGGGUGAUAAAAAGGUGCCCGUGCUGCAGAAUAACAAUGGUCCCCCACUGGUGGGGCUGGCCACCAUCGCCUGCCACCUGGUGAAGGAGGCCAAGCGGCCGGAGCUGCUGGGCGACACCGCCGAGGGCCGAGCGCUGGUGCAGCAGUGGCUGGAGUACAGAGUCACCAAACUAGUAAACUACUCCAAGGAGGACAUCAAGGCCGUCCUGAAGGAUCUAGAUCUCUACCUGCAGGACAAGGUCUACCUGGCGGGGAACCAGUUCACCGUAGCUGAUGCUCUCAUGUACUAUGGACUUCAUCCACUCAUCGUGGACUUGGCCGUCCAGGAGAAGGAGCAGUUCAUGAAUGUCGCCCGGUGGUUCGACCACAUCCAGCACUAUCCCUCUGUGCGACACCAUCUCCCUCCAGUAGUUGUCCUCAGGAACAGAAUUUACACCAGCAGACACCACUGACUAAUGACAACACUUCCCUCCGUCCCUGCCUCCCUCCUCCAGCCCAGCCCGGCCCAUCGCAUC